CAUGGCAUCCCUCGCGUCCUUGAUGCUCAAAUCGAGAUGCGGUGUCCUGCUCGCUUAUCAAACGCCGCUUGUCGUGACAGCAAGAUUUGCCUCUAAGAAGUCGGGAGGUAGCAGUAAGAAUUUAGGGGGAAAGAGUCCUGGCCGCCGAUACGGCUUCAAGAAACAAGAUGGGUGCUUUGUGCACGCGGGCAACAUUCUGGCCACUCAGCGGGUGAUGCGCUGGCAUCCAGGGGCACACGUUGGCAUCGGUGCCAGAAACACGUUGUAUGCCCUGGAGGAUGGCAUCGUCAGAUUCACUAAGGAAAUGUACAUCCCACUGCCGCGCAGUGCCGAAGCAAGAGAUAUGAUCCCCAAACUCCCCAAAGGAGCUGUUCUCUACAAGUCCUUCAUUAACGUUGUCCCCACAAAGCAAGAAAACCAGUUUAAACUAGUGGACAUGGUAUGAGGCAGACUCAUGACAACCCCCCCCCCCCCCCAAAACUCUGUGAAUUUUGGGAGGUUCUUGAAUCCUCCAGACAUUCUGAACUGACUUGACAGAAAAGGUUUUGAGUCCCUGUUCUCUACAGGCUGGUGUCUCAGUGCUUUAAAAAGGCCCUGACACCAGGCUACUGAGUCCUUCUCUUCCCCUGUCGAACAAAUGUCAGAUCAACUGUAUUUAUACAAUGACGUGGUAAAACGUGUAACUCAAAUAAAGCUUUGUAUAUAAUG